AUGUGGUUGUAUUCAAGCGAGACACUCAUACUGAACGAUGUGGUCUUUCCGCUAGACCUCAACUCACCUCUGGUGCACCUAUGUCACUUCUCUGAAGCCCCUUUACAUACGAUAUGUAUAUGUGCGGUUGAAAUGCCGGUCCGCAAGAAGCAUGGACCGUAUGAUAUUAUCGCAGAUGACCUCUAUGACUGCCGCAUUCCUUUACAUAACGAGCUUGCCUAUCAGCACGGAAUACAUUUUGAAGCCAAGUACGUGGGUAGUAUGGAGAUUCCGCGACCUGGCACCCGAAUCGAGAUUGUCGCCGCUAUGCGACGAGUUAGGUAUGAGUUCAAGGCGAGAGGUAUUAAAAAGCGGCCGGUGGAUAUUACGGUAUCUGUGGAUGGCGUCAAGGUUGUGCUGCAACGGAAAAAGCAGAAGCAGAAGGGCCUCUCGUGGGACGAAUCCAAACUGCUUGUGAUGUUUCAUCCCAUUUAUAGGAUAUUCUACGUGUCGCACGAUUCUCAGGAUCUUCAGAUUUUCUCUUAUAUCGCUCGCGAUGGCGCUAGCAAUACUUUCAAGUGCAAUGUGUUCAAAUGUUCAAAAAAGAGUCAAGCGAUGCGGGUGGUCCGUACGAUAGGACAAGCGUUUGAGGUAUGCCACAAAGUGGCACAAGAACAAAUGCUGGAAAAACAUGAAGAUGAAGCAGCUAAAAGCAAAGCUUCACUGGCCAGCGAAGACGAUGCGGGUGCUCCUUUAGAUGUAAUUGAAGAACGAGGUGCUGCUGAAGAAAGCAGCAGGAGUCAGAGUCCAGCUGAACCAUCCACCGGUGGUCCCCUGUACGGACGGCGUCUGUCACUGUUCCAACCGCGGAAAGCUUCAUCAGCAAGCUCAUCGGUUGGUACUGCAAUCGACACGACGCAAGUGCCGAACGUUGAGCAAGCAUCGAUCAAGACGGAGACUGCCUCUCUGAAUCCGAACAAUCCGCUACUUCAGCAGGCACCGCAGCAGCAGCCGCAACAGCAGCAAGCGCAGCAACCACAAGUGCAAGCGCAACAAGCACAGAUGCAGCAGCAGCAGCUUGGCCAACAACCGCUAAGACCAUCCGCGGCAGUACCGAUGCCACAACCAGCCGGCUAUCCUAUCCCUAUGCAAUUCAGUGCAUUACCAUUACCGACAACGGGUAUCCCUUAUCCUCCCGGUACAUAUCCAGGAUCGUCACUGCCAUCUGUUGUUGAAGGUGUUCAGUCACAGCAACAGCCACAACAACAGCAAGCAACACAGAAUCCAACCACUUACACCUCAUCGGCUACCUUACCGCAUGCUCGUACGUGGAGUGCUGCUCCCCCUCCUUCGCUGCCUUUUCCUGGAGUGCCACCGUCAACAUCGCUGGAGGGACAUCCGCAGCUGUAUUAUCCGGUGCAACAGCUUGUAUCAAGUUCUGCGUCGAUGCCUUACGGAUUGUCGUCACCUGUGAUGGUUUCACCGUAUGCGACACUGCAGCUGAACAUUCCCCCAGUUGACUUGAAUAAUCCAGAAAAUGCUGCUACAUUGACCAGAUCGUUGGAUCAGUACAACCAGCAGUUGAUACGAUCUCAACUUGACCAAGCUCAACAAUCUGCUCAAGUCGCUGGCUGUCAGGUUCAACUACUCAGGGAUCAGUUGACGAGUGAAACUACAGCCAGAAUAGAGGCCCAGUCUCGAACCCAUCAACUUCUGAAUGCGAAUCGCGAACUCCUUGAACAAGUACAAUGUCUCGUUCAACGGUUACAGCAACUUGAGACAAAGAUCACAAGCGAGAUUCAACAAAGCGUGCAGUCCCCGCCUGGUCCUCACACCUCGUCACCUCCUAUCCAUCGACCUCCAGUUUACAUGUCCUAUCAUGAGCAGUACGAUGCUCGUCUGCCGGCUGGCUCACAACCGCGUGAAAAUAUGCCUUAUCAGGUUCAAACGUUGGCGGACCUGAGGUCUGGCUCACUACCUCCGAAGGACUCUAGGGAGCGGCGAAUCAAAGACGACGGAGCGAAGACGGAACCCGAGAGUAACAACGAAGACACAACUGACUACUCGAGCAGCGACCAGUACGAGAAGUCAUCAACGGUAAUGAAAUCGAACGUGCCGCCGCCACCGCACUACAAUGUACUGAUGGCAAACCCGUUGGCUGAUAUCAGCGUACCAGCGAGUGUAUCCGAAAUACGAGAUCAACCACGGGGAGAAAGAGAUGUAAGAGAAUUACGUGGUGGCGAACGAAAGGACGAUGAUGAAGCUCAACCUGGUACGUCAUCGUCGCCACAGAAGAAACUUCGCUCGGGUGGCAUCUUGCGAGGAGAGAUGGACUUUGCUCGUAUGUCUUUCAAUCCUAGGUUGCAGCAACCUCUGUUCUCGAAAGAUCUCGAUGAACGUAUCGAGGAAGAGGAUCGCACGGAAGCGACUACGCCGGUAAAAAAGAAAUUCGAAGAGGAAAGAAGAGAUGAGCGGCGCAAAAAGGAGAAAGUCACAGUCGAAUCGCUCUUCAAAGCCGAUCCUCCCUUAUCAGACAAGUCAGCAGUCGCAGCCACUGCGAAUCGGACAGAGCCGAGCCAUACGACAGCGUUGCUCCCACCGAGCGUAGUGCCCCCUGGCGAACCGGCUAGUUCGAGCCUUGCCACGGCAAUGUAUCCUCCAAUUCGACGGCCAGUAGUCACUGUUGUCAAUCGGCCAAAGCUCGAUGUGAUUCGUCGAAAAACGCUACGAGCGCUGUCGGUGGAGAUGGGUGACGAACCGAAGGAGGAGAACAGAAAUCGGACAACGCAACAAGUGCGAAAAGGGACGGAGGUUGUGAAUAUUGAAGACUAUCUUAACCGAAACGUAGACCGACCAAAUCCCGGUGAUACAGCAGCGUUAUUGGCACGAUUGCGACAAGAUGAUGGCAAAUUGCCAAAUUUGCCAAACGGUUAUCCUUAGAAGUUCGAAUGCUUCGACUCGGGUCGGUCGCAAUUCGCUGCCGCGACGCGUGUGUUUUGUUCUUCCUUAUCAAAAAGUUUUGAUCUCGAACACUGGUCGUUUAUUUCCCUUUGUUCAAUGUUUUUAUUAUUGAGCAGUUUGACUAGGUUUCCGUAUAGACUUCGUUUGCAUUUGAAAUAAAGAAUUUAUAUCAUUUCUGCACUGUCAUCGUUGACAUUCCACAUUAUUAUAGUCGAAAUUGCAUGUUGUUAACGUUUUGCAUGAUUUUAUUAUGCGGCAGUAUUAACUUUCGAAUGAUUCUCCUCAUGUGUCAUUGGGAUGUGUGUCCCCUAAUGCUUCGCUGUUUUUUCUUCUACGGAAACAGUCCCUCUUAUCCUCUCUUUCUUGCAGAAGUUUCUAUCAUUUUACCGCAACAAAUUGCGUUUUCCUUGCUACGUGCUUUCAAAUUUUCUAAGAGCUGACGGUAAACAGAAAGAAAUGCAAUAAAAACGAUUUUACUGCA